AUGUCACAAAAGACAAUGUCAACGAUAGCGAACAAUGAUAAUAAAAAUAUCAACGAAGAAGUGAUUGAAAAUAACAACAACAGCAUUAAUGAAGAAGAUGAUGGUGACGAGAAAGACAAAAAGAAAAUCACAAUGAUAAAUUCUUUACUACCAUCAUCGUCAGGCACAUCGGUUAAAUCAUUAAAAAAAAAUAAUUCGCUUAAUUACCCGAAUCCGGUCACUAACAGUAAUAGUAACAUUAGAACAAUUAAUGGUGGUAAGGAAUCAUCUAAAAUUUUUUUUAAACCAAUAAAUCAAACAAUUAGCAAUAAUGUUAAGAAAAACAUGACAAAAACUCAAUUACUCAUCGAACUCGAACAAUUAUGGAUAGAACAGGUUCGCGGUGAAAACAACAAACUUUUUGACGAGAAUGAAAAACUUUCCGAGGAAAAUAACAAGUUUGCCAAUGACGUGGAGCAAUUAAGGGCAGAAAGAAACAAAUUGGACAAUGAUAAAUGUUCAUUAUUAGUUGAUAUUUGUCAAAUGGAGCACAGAUUAGCAUGCGAAGAGUUACGUGUUAACGAAUUGGAAGAGGAGUUGACAGAUGUGAGAAGACAAUAUAGCUUGUUGAAUGUCGAACAUGAAGAACUGGAUCGUGAUCGUACUCAAUAUCGAGAACAAUGUAAUUUAUUGAACAUUGAACGCGAAGAGUUGGAUCGUGACCGUGCUCGUUAUCGCGACGAAUUAGAAUUGGCGAAUGUUAAAGUAGCGGAACAAGAAGAGCUUAUAUCAAAGCAAAAGUCCAUCGUUGAGGGAUUAACGACGAGCUUAGAAGAUAAAGAAGAAACCAACAAGAAGCUUCAAAAGAUCAUUGAUGAAAAGGAUGAAGCGAUGAUGAGAAUGGCGGAGGAAAAUGCGGCAGUUAAUGACGACAAGAAAGGAGAAGGAGAAGAGAAGGUGGUGAUGACUAAUGAUGGUGAUAAAGAUGAUGACAAAAAUGGUAAUAAUGAAAAGAAAGAUAACGAUAAAAAAGCAAAUAGUAAAAAUGAGAAUAAUAAUAAAAAGAAUAUGGAGGAAAAGAAAAAGAAGGAUGUUAAGAAAGAUGUUGUAAAGAAGAAUGAGAAGAAAAAUGACAAGAGGAAUGAAAAGAAGAAUGAAAAGAAAGAAGAAAAGAAGAAAUUGGAUGAUAAAAAGGAAGCUGAUAAGAAAGGAGACAAGAAAGGAGAAGAUUGUGUGAAUGCAAGAGGAGGAAAAGGUGGAUGGAAGAUGAGUGUGAAAAAAACUGAAAGAAAAGUUGAAAGUAAGAAAUGA